GCCUCUGUCCUGCUGCUUCUUCAACCUCUGAAAUCCCUCCUCACUUUCUCCUUAGCUGUCAUUCCGCCAUUGACACACCUCUCGUUUUUUCAAUUCAGGUGAAGUUGGUGGAGUGAGAAAUGGCUUCAAGUGCAAGUGAGGAGGCAGGAAUAGGGAAGUCUCUGGAGGGAGUGUCAAAGGGGCAGCAGCGGUACCAAUCUAGUGAAACGUUGGCGGAAUGGAGGUACUGUGAGCAGGUGGAAAAUAGGACUCCAUCAAUAUCACCUCCAUACUGGGACAGUGAUGACGACGAUGAUGGUGGACCUAAACCGGUUGAGCUAUAUGGAAAAUAUACCUGGAAGAUUGAUAAGUUCUCACAAAUUAACAAGAGAGAACUUCGGAGUAAUGCCUUUGAGGUUGGCGGCUACAAAUGGUACAUUUUGAUUUAUCCUCAGGGAUGUGAUGUCUGCAAUCAUCUCUCUUUGUUUCUUUGUGUGGCUAAUCAUGACAAGCUUCUUCCAGGCUGGGGUCAUUUUGCACAAUUUACUAUAGCUGUGGUUAACAAAGAUCCAAAGAAGUCCAAGUAUUCAGAUACAUUGCAUCGUUUCUGGAAGAAAGAACAUGAUUGGGGAUGGAAAAAAUUUAUGGAACUUUCCAAAGUUGUAGAUGGAUUUAUUGAUUCGGAUACCCUCAUUAUCAAAGCUCAAGUUCAAGUUAUCAGAGAGAGAGCAGAGCGUCCUUUCCAUUGCCUUGACUGCCAGUAUCGGAGAGAACUUGUUAGGGUGUAUUUGACGAACGUUGAGCAAAUUUGCCGCCGUUUUGUGGAAGAGCGACGAGGAAAGCUUGGGAAAUUAAUAGGGGAUAAAGCUAGAUGGUCGAGUUUCUGUGCUUUUUGGCUGGGAAUAGACCAAAACUCUAGACGCCGCAUGUCCAGGGAGAAAUCAGACCGGAUUUUGAAAAUGGUGGUCAAGAACUUCUUCAUAGAAAAAGAGGUUACGUCUACUCUUGUGAUGGAUUCGUUGUACAGUGGGCUUAAAGCUCUGAUAGGCCAGACUAAGGGACAGACAGGUAAAGGGAAACAUUUAGAUGCAGAGGAACAAACAGUGCCUAUUGUUUCCCUGGAGAAAGACAUGUUUGUCUUGGUGGAUGAUGUAUUGCUUUUGCUUGAGAGGGCUGUUUCGGAGCCGUUGCCUCCAAAGGUUGAGAAAGGUCCUCAGAACCGUACAAAGGAUGGAACUUCUGGAGAGGACACAAACAGAGAUCCCAUUCAGCGUGAUGAGAGGCACUUAACUGAACUAGGUCGGCGAACUAUUGAAAUAUUUGUCCUCGCGCAUAUUUUUUGUAAAAUAGAGGCUGCAUAUCAGGAAUCUGUUGCAUUAAAGAGGCAAGAGGAACUCAUCCGUGAAGAGGCUGCUUGGCUGGCUGAAACUAAGCAGAAAGCUAAACGAGCAUCUGAGAAGGAGAAGAAGUCAAAGAAAAAACAGUCUAAACAGAAACGGAAUAUCCGGAAAGCAAAGGAUAAGGAGAGGGACAAAAAACCUGAUGUUAUGGUGCAAGGUAAGACUGAAGUUGAUGGUCCUGUUGAAGGAAAUAAAUAUGUGGCCGAGGUGCCAGGACAAGUACUUGGUAAAUCAGAUGUACUGGAAGAGAUUUCUGAUAUUUCUGAUUCUAUAGACUCUUUAAUUCAUCCUGAUUCAGAAGACACAACUUCAAGUCCUGUCAACUGGGAUACUGACACAUCAGAGGUGCAUCCAUCUGUGGAAGCUGGUUGCAGCGGGUUAAUUGGCCUUUCAGCUUCGCAGAAUGGGAUAGCAGGAAAGAUAAGUCCUUCCAUGAUGGAUGAUAGUUCAUCAACGUGUUCCACUGACUCAAUUGCUUCAGUAGUUAUUAAUGGAACCCAAAGAGCUUUUUCUUUGACACAGAAAAACCAGAUAUUACCUAGCAGAGGGAGGAAUGAACGAAGCAGGUCAACUUGUAAGGCAGCUGAUUGGGCUCGUGAAACAGUUGGUCAGAUGUCGGAUGUUGUUUCAGAUGAUGGUCAGCUAAGUGAUACAUCUGUAAGCUGUGGGGCAACAGGAUCUGAGUGUCAUGCUACUGCAUUUUUUUCAUGCGAGCAGCAAGCAACUAACAAGAAAGUAGCAGUUUUGCAGCAGAGAAAGCUAAUUGACGAUAGAGAGAGAUCUUCCAUGUUGAAGCCAAGUGUCCAGUCUCCUCCUACAAGCCCCCAAAAAAGUACAUUGUCUGCUGUUCAGUCAAAGGAAAAUUUGAAAAUCUCGGUCACUAGUGAUCCUAUCUUGGUCAAAAGUUCAUUUUCAGAUAGUCCUAAGCUGACUGAUAAAUCAGUUCCGGAGGUUAUCUCAGCUGAAACUUCCAUGAUGUUGAAGGCUGAUCCUCAUAAAGCUGUAAAGGUAAAAGCCUUGAAGAAGCCCUUGCUACAGCCUGCCUCAAUUACAACUGAGAAGUCCACGUCUAAACAAGCGACUACUUCUGCCAUAGCUGAAAGGUCCAUCUCUAGACAAGUGCCUGCCCAGUCGAGACCCUUGAGUGCUCCUUUAGUUACUGAACCUAGGCCUGCUGCCCCUGUUGUUUCCAUGGUUCAGGCAACACAAUUACUGCCUUGUUCAGUUAGUGCAGCUGGUCGAUUGGGCCCUGAUCCUUCACCAGCAACACAUAGUUAUGUUCCUCAGUCCUAUAGAAAUGCUAUUGUGGGAGGUCUUGAUUCUGGAAGCCCGGUUGGUUUUAGUCAGCCACAUUCUCCAAGUUCAACCAUUAAUUCACUACAUCCAUACUCUCAAGCACCUUCACUGACUUCUGGUUUAAUGUUGUCACCGGAGGCCCCGGAAAGAACAGAACAUAGUUCUGCUGGACCAAGCUUUUCUUAUGGAAUGGCAAAUGAGGAUACCUCGUGGAAUGGGCAGAAAUGGGAUAGCUCUGCAAGUUAUAGUAGGUCAAUAUCACAGUCUUCUGUCUUAAAUGACAUCCAGGAAUUUGAUAUGUUAAAGCCUGUAAACAGCAGGACCCAUGAUCAUCUUCCGUCUGAACUUCCAGCCUGCACUUCUGGUUGUCAGUCCCAGAGUGUAUUGGCAGAUGAAUUUCCACAUCUUGAUAUAAUCAAUGAGUUGCUGAACGAUGAGCAUGGAAUUGGAAGGGCUUCCGUACCAAACUCAGGCUGGCAAAGUAAUAGCAACCAUCUGAAUCGUCAGUUCAGUUAUCCGGGUGAUAUUAGCAUGGCAACUGAUCUAGACCCCUCUACACGCUCUUGUAGGUUUGAGCGAACAAGAAGUUAUCAUGACGAGUUGCAGCAUAACUAUUCUGGAGGCCUUUAUAAUAGUUAUAGGAAUAUGAUUCCGCAGCCUAAUCCACAAUUUGUAAAUGGGCAGAUUGAUCAGUUAGUUCAUGACCAGUGGCAAUUGAUGGGUUCUGAUCCAUCUUUUCUUGGAAUGAGAAAUGCUCAUACUGAUACUGGUUACCUGUAUCACGCCCCUGAUUAUCCAAACGUGGCGUGUGGCGUAAAUAGGUAUAGAGUAUUUAGGCCUUCAAAUGGGCUUUGAAAGCAAGUUAUUUAAGGUGGGAGCUUAGCCCCGAAACAUUUGAACUGUUCUCUGCCGUAAUGUGUCUUUAGAUUUGUUGGCGGGGUUUUAUCCCUUGUGUAAAGAGUGAUUCUGCUCUCAUAUUUGUUUUUUCUUUGGAAAACCCAUAUUGGCUAUGUUUUAAAAGUUGGUGCCUGGCGCCUAAUAUAUAUAAGCACAUUCUCGGUAA